AUGAAACGACUCACUCUUUCUAAACCUUAAGUAGAAAGAAAAUUCAACUAACUAGCUCUAGUUAUUCUACUUGUUUUGUGUUUCUAAGGAGUCAGAGCUUAGACAGCAAAAACACUAGAAUAAUUCUUGGAUUUAGAUGAGUGUAAUGUUAAUUAUGGGCUAGCUCUUUCAUUUUAAAUCACUUUAUUUUCUUAAAAACUUUAUGAUUGCAACAUCCUUGAUGAAAAUAUUAAGGAUUAUGAAAAUAGAUUAGAUUCUUUAAGUUAGAAAUAAUUGAUGCAUUAUGAUAUUUAUAAAGCAUUUUAAUUAACUCGCAAAGGACAUAAGCUAGAGUUUGGAAAAUCUAACUUGCCAGAAUACUUUUUAUACAAAAAAUUCACCAAUAUGGCCAAAUGUGGUGAUUAUAAAAUUUUUUAAAAACUUGGAUACAACUUUAAUGAUUGUGAUUAUUGUGUGUAAUCUUCCAAUUGCAGCAAAAAAGAAAAAUAAAAAAAUGAAAAAACUAAUACAUAUGGCCCAUUGAGAAUUUAUUCUGUACGAGAAACAUAUGUUGAAGCAUUCUAACUUUUAUGGAAUUGCAAUAACCCUAACAAUUAAGUUGAAGUAACAGGAGUAUACGAUGAAACUACUGAAAAAUAACUUUUAUAAACUAAUGCAUAUGGAUUUGAUAAAGUAUGUAUGAUGUGCGAAGUUGAAAAUUGUGGUGUUUGCUCUAAAAACUAUUCUGAAUGUUUUGAAUGUAAAUAAGGAUAUAUUUUAAACGAUAAUGUUUGUAUUAGAUGUCCUUUAAAUAAUUGUACAAAAUGCUCUUAAACAACAGUCAAAUCUUUCACUUGUGAUGCAUGUGAAAAAGGGUUUUAUUUACAUGAAGGUGAGUGCGUACAAAAAUGUCCUCCUGAUUACAAUAAUACAUAAACUGAAUGUAUUAAGUGUAAAUCAGGUACUUUUUUUUAAGGAGAAACAUGUGUUGAAUGCUCUAAAUUCUGUAAAUUAUGCACAGGCCCUGAUUCUUCUUAAUGCUAGUAAUGCUCUGAAGGAUUUGUUUUCAAUAAACUAAAUGAAUGUAUACUCAAUGAUUUCGAUUUGAAUCCUUCAUUUAAGCCAAAGAAAUUUAUAGAUCCAAGAACAAAAACUGAAAAAGAAUGCAAUUUCUCUUGUGAUGAAUGUAUUGAUUCUUCUGAUCUUUGUAUAAAAUGCAACCCUGAAUUAAAUUACUACAUAAAAGAAGGAGAUAGGUUUAGAUGCUAUAACAGAUGUCCUCUUUACUUUGAACCUAGUUAGUCAACUUAAGAUCCAUUAAAAAAGUAUAUAGAGUGUGUGAAGAGUGAAAACUAUACAUCUGAUCUUGAAGAAGCAGAUAAAAUAAUAAAUGAGGCUAAAAACAGAUGCCCUAAAUAGCAAUACUGGGAUGUUGAGAGUAAAUAGUGCUACAAAUGCACUAAUAAUUGUAUUUCUUGCAAUGAUAAAUCAAAUUGCCUUGAAUGCGAACCUGAUUAUUACUUGAAUGAUAAUAGCUAAACAUGCUCUCCAUGUCAUCCAUCUUGUCAAAAAUGCACAGGUCCUCUCUCUAGAGACUGUUUGUUUUGUUCUAGUGGAGAAAGAUUAUUUCCCGAUUAAAAUGGAAUUUGUGAAGAAAAUGCUACUGACAUUUUACAAUAGUAAAAAAUUCUCUCUCAAAAUGAAAUUUUUGGAAAUUUGUAAGUUUGCAAGUAAUUAUUAAACUAAAAGCGAAACUAUUCAGUAGAAUUUUCAUAAAAAUUUUCAAUCAAUGAUAGUAAAUGGGAAAACAUUAUAAUGAUGUCUAAAAAUUCAUGUACAUUCUUAGAAUUUUAAAAUCGUUACAAAUAUUUCUAAAAGAACAAAUAAAAUUGUGAGGACAAAGAAAUAUCUUAAUCUACUAUAGGAAAGAAUGGAGAUUUAGUUGCUAUUUACUCAAUGCUCUUAUCACAAUCAAGAGCCUAAAUUUCUUCAAACCAAGUUAAUCCUUAAACAUUAGUGGAGUAUGCAAUUAAGGAAAAUUUCUUUAGUUCUAGCUAUCUUUUUUAAAUAACAACUCCAACUUUCGCUUGCAGUAAUCUCUAAUGCAUUUCUCAAUUAGAUAGUUUACUAUAUGGCUUUUCUUCUAGUGACAACAAAAAGGAAAUCACUAUAAAAGUAGUAAAAGAAAUAGUCCUUACCUCUGAAAAUCAAACUCCAUUAAAUUGCUUCAAGGGUGGCUAGCAAGUUAACUAAAAUACUGUUGAAGAUAUCGAAAAAAUUGUUAAUAAUUCCUAAUACACAUUAAAUACUGGUUCAAAGCAAUAUUUUAUAUUAUAUGCAUGUGGAAAAAGCUAACAAGGUAGCUUUGCUUAAAAACCUUUCCUUGUGUAAAAAUAUUUAGGAAAUGGUUUCUUUGAGGUGAUAAAUGUAAGUAACCCAUUGCCUUCUUAAGUUGAAGUUAUAAGUUUAUAUGGUGCUUCAAAUGAUGCAUAUUAAGUUUAAAAAGUGAGUAUUGUCUAAGUUGUUGAAUCAAAUCUAAAUGCUGACAAGUCGGAAUUAAUGUUCUAGUAAUACAACAAUAAAGUUGAAAGCUCAAAUACGGAUCCUGCUAAAUGCACUUGUGUUGAAACAAAAGACUACAUUCUUGCAAACGAAAACUAAAGCAAUCAAUUUAUAACUGUUAUUACUCCUCAAAAUAAAAUUUUAACUGAAUCAAUUAAUGUCAAAAGCAUCAACCACAUUUUAAAGAAAUAUAAAAUAGAUGCAGAAAUUAUGAAGACAAAUCGUCUAUCAAUAACUAAAAUACAAGCUGAUAAAAUAUUUUAUGAAUACAUUCAAGAAACUGUUGAAAGUGCAAAAAAAUGCUAUGGAGUUAGCAAUUCAACUCCUUUAUGCAUGAUAAACGUUUUGGCAGAUUUACUCUUCUCUAAUAAUCUUCAGUGUUUUUAUUCUUAAUAAAUAAAAAGCUAUGUUAAGAAUUCUGAUUUUAGAGGGCUAAAUGAUUUUAUUAAAAAAUAAAGUUGGUGUAAUCGUUAUUAAAAAAGAUGUUUAAAAGCUCAAUAAACUAUGAAAAGUUGUAUUUGA